UGACGCGAUUGGUUAUCACAUGUCGCCGCAUGCGACACGUGACCUGCGUACAGUAAAAGCACGAGAAAUAUUUCACUAACCAAAUUGAUCUUUUACUUCGCGUGUUUCUGCCAGAGAAGGACGAUGUCGGCGCAUAAGACAUUUAUCAUCAAGCGGAAGCUUGCCAAAAAGCUGAAGCAGAACAGGCCGAUUCCACAAUGGGUGAGAAUGCGUACUGGUAAUACUAUCCGAUACAAUGCUAAGAGGCGUCACUGGAGGAGAACUAAAUUGAAGUUGUAAAACCAUGUAAACAUACAUAAUGUUAUUAUUAUAACAAUGUAAUGCAUGAUUUAAUAAUAAACAUGCAUAUAUAUAAAAUUUAAAAAAAUUAAAUAUUUGUCGUAAUCUUCAGCAUCUACGACAGUGCAAACAAAAAUAAACUGUUAAAGUA